GAACAAGAAAGUAAAGUUGAAUUUCAACGACAAAUUACAAAACUUAGUUCAGAAGUUCAACAAUGGCGAUCACGUUAUGAAUCAGAAGGUUUAUCUCGUGGUGAAGAACUUGAAGAAGCUAAACGUAAGUUAGCUGCUAAAUUAAAUGAAGCUGAAGAACAAGUUGAAGCUGCAUUAAAUAAAUGUAAUGCAUUAGAAAAAGUGAAAGCUCGUUUACAAGGUGAAGUUGAAGAUCUUAUGGUUGAUGUUGAACGUGCUAAUGCUAAUGCUUCGGCAAUGGAUAAAAAACAAAGACAAUUUGAUAAAUUAAUCAAUGAUUGGAAACAAAAAUGUGAAGAUAUAACGAUUGAAUUAGAAACAUCACAAAAAGAAGCACGUCAUUAUUCAACUGAAUUAUUUAAACUUAAACAACAAUAUGAAGAAUCACAUGAACAAAUUGAAGCUCUUCGUAAAGAAAAUAAGAAUUUAGCUGAUGAAAUUAAAGAUGUUAUGGAUCAAUUAGGUGAAGGUGGAAAGAAUGUACAUGAAAUAGAUAAAGCACGUAAACGUGCUGAAUUAGAAAAAGAAGAAUUACAAGCAGCUUUGGAAGAAGCUGAAUCAACACUUGAACAAGAAGAAACUAAAGUUCUUCGUGCACAAAUGGAAUUAAGUACGGUUCGCCAAGAAAUUGAUCGUCGCAUACAUGAAAAAGAAGAAGAAUUUGAAAAUACACGUCGUAAUCAUGCACGUGUACUUGAAUCUAUGCAAGCAAGUUUAGAAGCAGAAUCACGUUCAAAAACUGAAGCACUUAAACAAAAAAAGAAACUUGAAUCCGAUAUAAAUGAACUUGAAAUAGCACUUGAUCAUUCAAAUCGUAGUAAUACAGAUUUACAAAAAGCACUUAAACGAAUACAAAUACAAGUUACAGAAUUAUCAACACAAAUUGAAGAAGAACAAAGACAACGUGAUGAAGCACGAGAAGCUGCUAUAACUGCUGAACGUCGUGUUAAUCUUAUUGUUGGUGAACUUGAAGAAUUACGUACUGGUUUAGAACAAGCUGAACGUGCACGUAAAGCAGCUGAAAAUGAAUUAAAUGAUGCAGCUGAUCGUAUUAGUGAUUUAAGUAUACAAAAUGCUAAUUUAUCAUCUCAUCGACGACAACUUGAAUCAAAUGUUGCUGCUAUGCAAGCUGAUUUAGAUGAAGCUGUUUCUGAACUUAAAAAUAGUGAAGAACGUACGAAAAAAGCUGCUACUGAUGCUGCUCGUCUUGCCGAAGAAUUACGACACGAACAAGAACAUGCAUUACAAGUUGAACGACUUCGUAAAGGUUUUGAACAACAAAUAAAAGAUCUUCAAAUACGUCUUGAUGAAGCUGAAGGAAAUUCACUUAAAGGUGGAAAACGUGUUAUUGCUAAACUUGAACAACGUAUUCAUGAAUUAGAAAAUGAAAAUGAAUUAGAACAACAUCGUCAUCAGGAAACAUUAAAAGAAUUACGUAAAUAUGAUCGACGAUUAAAAGAAUUAAUAUUUCAAGUUGAAGAAGAUCGUAAAAAUCAAUUACGUUUACAAGAUCUUUCAGAAAAAUUACAAAAUAAAAUUAAAAUUUAUAAACGACAAGUUGAAGAAGCUGAGGAAAUUGCUUCAGUUAAUUUGACUAAAUAUCGUAAAACUCAAUCUGAUCUUGAAGAACUAGUUGAACGUGCUGAUGUCGCUGAAAAUCAAUUAGGCAGAUUACGCGCUAAGAAUCGUUCGACCGUUAGUGUUAGCCGAGCGUCACCAGCUCGUGAUUAUCGUGAAUCAACUAUGUUACGAUCUACAUCAAUGAUUCGUUCUAGUUCGGCCCGUCCUCGUUAA